CCGGGAGCGAGAAGGCUCGGUUCCGGGAGCUACUGCUAAGCUUGAAGAAGGAUGAGAAGGCACCCGGUGCGACUGGCUACUAGAUGACAUAAAGAUACAAUUGGUUAGCGAUGAUUUUCAGCUGAGAUCAAACUGCUGGUACUCGUGCACGAGCACGAAUGUGUACAUGCGAAGUGCUCGAGUCAGCAGACGAAUCGCGGCAGCAGGUGCUACUGUAGCUCGAGAGCACUCUGGAUUUCUUCACGCUACAAUCACCCAGAAACCUUUGCUCAUGAAGCAACUAGAGACCUCUAUGCUAUGUUACAAAAAGCUUAGCGGUCCUCUUUUCAGCGGGAAUUAUACAGAGUCGUUUCCCUCACUUUUCAUCUUCCCUUUCCAAGGAAACACAUCCACUAGGGACAGUGCUUCCAUUAAGCCUAUUCGAUUUCUCCACUUACUAAGCUGGGAGUGAUUUUACCUCUAGAGGGGCGCUCAACGUCCUAUACGCUAUGGACCCCCUCACAAUUACGAAGUUUCUGCUCACAGUACAGCGCCUUGAGCAAAUCCAAGUAUUUGAAACCUAAUCACGUC